GUGGGUGAGCUCCCUCUCCCCAGAGCCACCAGCCAGGUACCAAAGCUCAACUGUAUGGAUUCCCAACAGGAGGACCUGCACUUCCCUGGCAUGUGGGUCUCAUUGUACUUUGGAUUCCUGGGGCUGUGUUCGGUGAUAACUGGAGGCUGCAUUAUCUUUCUGCACUGGAGGAAGAACUUGAGGCGGAAAGAGCAUGCCCAGCAGUGGGUGAAGGUGAUGAGAGCUGCCACAUUCACCUAUAGCCCAUUGUUGUACUGGAUUAACAAGCGACGGCGUUAUGGCAUGAAUGUAGCCAUCAACACGGGCCCUCCCCCUGCUGUCACCAAGACUGAAACUGAGGUCCAGAAUCCAGAUGCUCUGUGGGAAUUGGACAUCCCUGAAGGCAGGAGCUAUGCUGACCAAGACAGCAACCCCAAAGUGGAAGCUCCCACUCCCCUGCAACCUGCGCUGCAGCUAGCUCCACAGCAGCCUCAGGCCAGCUCCCCAUUCCCACUUCCCAUCUUUCAGGAGGUGCCCUUUGCCCCACCCCUGUGCAACCUACCCCCCAUGGUGAACUACUCUGUCUCCUAUCCUUCGGCCACCUGUUCUGAAAGGAAUGUUCGCUUCCUUUCCCUCCCUAAUCUGGCCCAUGAAGACCUCAGCUUCAAUGCCAGGCCUUUUGCUUCAGAAUUGUAGCCUCCUUUCACUGAAGGUGAGAGCUGCAGAUAUCAGGUGCAGAGUAUGAAAUGGAACUAAGCUCAGGGAGGCAGUAUUGACAGAGGUCAGGACCCAUCUGAAUGUCAUGCUAUGAAAGAUUAAAA